AUGAGGGCUAAAGUCUCAGACAUGCACAGUAAGGACUGUGUCAAAGUGGCUGUCAGAGUCCGACCGUUCAACAAGAGAGAGAGGGAUGCGGGCAGUCGCUGUAUCAUAUCCAUGGUUUCGAGCUCCAUCACCAUCCAGGAUCCACGGGAUUCCCAGAACCGACGGUCUUUCUGUUUCGAUUAUGCCUAUUGGUCCCACAGCGGUUUCGCAAGAGACCACAGGGGUAUCUAUGUGCCUGAAGAGCCAGGAGGGAGAUACGCUGACCAGGACAGCGUGUUCCAAGAUUUGGGAGAAGGAAUAUUGGAAAAUGCGCUGCAGGGUUAUAAUGCCACAUUGUUAGCCUACGGUCAGACCGGCUCAGGGAAGAGUUACUCGAUGAUGGGUUAUGGGCCUAACAAAGGCCUGAUUCCUAAACUCUGCGACCGGUUGUUUCAAGCCAUCAAAGAAAACCAGGAGAACAGACAAUGUCAGGUCUUUUUCAGUAUGUUGGAAAUCUAUAAUGAGCAGGUGGUUGACUUGCUGUCUCGGGCGUCUCGGACUCCGGGCGGGCUCAGAGUCAGAGAGGAGCAGCAACGAGGUUUCUAUGUGGAGGGUCUCCGCACAGUCCCCUGCGAGACUGCAGCUCAGGUGGAGCAGUUGAUGGAGCAGGGGACGAGGACUCGAACCACUGCCGCCACCCACAUGAACGCCAACAGCAGUCGAUCGCACAUGCUCAUUAUCCUCCAGCUCAAACAGAUCUUCUCUAAAGAGAGCAUCACGAAGCAGUCCAACAUAAACCUGGUGGACCUGGCUGGCAGUGAGCGUCAGCGUUCAUCGGGGUCAGAAGCUGAUAGGCUCAAAGAGGGCACGGCCAUCAACCUGAGCCUCACCACCCUGGGCAAUGUCAUCAGCUCCCUGGCUGAUGUUGCGGUGGGGAAGAAGGUCGUGCAUAUUCCUUACAGAGACUCGGCCCUCACAAAGUUGCUGCAGUCUGCACUGGGAGGCAACAGUCGCACUGUUAUGAUUGCCACAUUGAGCCCUGCUGAUAUCUGCUAUGAGGAGUCUCUCUCCACUCUGCGCUAUGCUGAGAGGGCAAAGCGUAUCCAGAACCGUGCAGUGGUGAACGAGAGCCCCACCGAGCGUCUCGUUAAAGAACUAAAGGCAGAGAACGCCAGACUGUUGCAGCGUCUGAGCCGUCUGGGCCAGGAGGGACGCAGGGCGAAUGACGAGACCAAGGAGCUCCGUCAGCUGCUGACCCACAAUGAGCUUCAGAUCAGAGCCAUUCAGACUCUAUGGGAGCAGCAUGUGCAGGAGGCCCUGAAAGACUGGGAGCAACAGUAUGCUAACAUCACACAGGAGAGGAGGAUGAUGCAGAUGCAUCCCUACAUCCUGAACAUCAACGAGGAUGCUCAGCUGUCAGGGGUGGUGAAGCUUUUCAUCCAGGAGGGGGAAUGGGACAUCGGACUGUGUGACUCCUCCCCACGGUCCAUUUGUAUCAAGGGUCUAGGGAUCCAGGAACGUCAUGCUGUGUUCAGGAAUGAACAGCGCAGGGUAACGCUGACCCCGAUGACAGGAACAAAGGUUAUUGUAAAUGGCAAUCCUGUUUCCCAGGCAACAGAGCUGCAGCACCUGGAUCGCCUCAUUCUGGGUUCCAACUGCACCUACCUGUUCAUUGGUUAUCCAUCAGAGAGAUGCGGGGAUGACUGGAGUCGCUAUGAUUACGAUUACUUCCAGUCUGAACUGGCUGCAGCUGAGGGCAUCCACCUGGGUGAGUCCAGUGCUGGAUCGAGUCAGACAGACCCCAGUCUGCUAGCUGUCUUCUUUGAUUACAUCAAAUUGAUGCCCAUGGUGGCUGAGGCCAACCAAAUGAGCCAGGAAUUGAGCAAGGGUGUGGAGUUCAAGCUGGAGAUUAAAAAUCUGGCACUGUCAGAUUCAAAAGGCCACGAUCUAGAGAAAGACAUUGUUGUCAGAGUCACCUCCAAGGGAACCAAGCAGGUCUGGAUGUGGUCCAAAGCCAAGUUUAUUAACCGCAAGUUUCUGAUGGAAGAGGUUUACCAGCAGCAUUUGGCAGAGCAGAGCGGAGACAAUGAAGUAGCCGGGCUGUCAACAGUAACAUUACCCAGAGAUAAAGACCCAUUCUGGGAUCCAAUUGAACCUCUUCUCCUGGGCACUGCCCACCUUUGGCUCCAAUCGUUGGCCUUCCGCAUCCCUCUGGAAGAGCAGCUAGAGGUGUUGGGGUCAGAGGGCACAGAGGAAGGCAUUCUACAAACACAGCUGGUCCCCUGCUCUUCAACUGGACUCCCUCUGGGUGAGGAUGACAUCCUGAUUGACCCAUCAGAGAUACUGGGUAGACGACUAGACUUCCAGCUGGUCCUGGAUCAGUGUUGUGGCUUACGCUGGAUCAGAGAGGCCCGCAAUCGAGGUGUUCAGAUUGGUUUCAGGUUAUUUGACUGCAGCCAGCCUCUGUACACUCCAGCUGUUUGGCACAACGUGAAUCCUCUGCUGGAUCACAGAGUCCACUUUGCCUCCCUCCACACCUCCCAGCGUCUGCUAGACUUCCUGCAGAGCAGCGCUGUGGUGCUGGAGCUCUGGGGCCUUCAAGAGGGCUGCACUCAGUUGAAGUCUUCACUGGAAGGUGUGCGG